AUCGAACCCCCGCCACCACCAGUCCAGCAGCACCAGGCCAGACAGGCACACCUCGAAGAACAAGAGCUGGUCCUCCUGGUAAUAAGCGAGAGAGAGAGAGAGGCCAAUGGCAGCCAAGUGGUGGCUCGUCGCCUCCCUGCUGCUCUGCCUCGCCGUCGCAUCGGCGGCGGCAAGGGCAAUAAUGCCCCGCGACUGCGACACUGCUGCCGCCUUCGCGGCGGGCGACGGCAGUGCCGGCGCCGUGGACGAGGACGACGAGCAGGCCAAGACCGCCGACGUGUUCGGCGGGCGGACCGGCGGCGGCGGCCUCUUCGGCGGCGUCCACGGCCCGCUGGGCGGCGGCGUCGCUGGGUUCGGCCCGUUCGGCGGGGCCGUCGCCGGCGCGGGCCCGUUCGGCGGGUUCGGAGGCGGCGGCGGCCUCGGUGGCGGAGGAGGAGCAGGUGGCGCCGGCGUCCCGUGAGGCGUGAGCAACGCUGUGCUUGUGCAUGGCCAUGGAUGCAUGCGUGCGUGCGCGUGUAAUAAUGUGUCUGUGCGGUACGACUGUACGUACGUGCCGUGUGCCUGCCCGCGCUCUUGUGAUGAAGAAUGUGGGUCGUCAGCCAUCAGCGUGUGUGUGUGUGUGUGUGUGUGUGUGUUGGACUUGGACCUGUACACCCUCCUUCCGUCUUCCCACUGUAUGUUAAUCAGCAUUCUUCGAACCA